UUUUUUAAAACAUAUAUAUCAAUAAAUUGCAUUUAGUUCUCCCCCCGCCGCCACCGCCGCCCUCCCUGAUAAAGAGAAGAUCUCUUCCUUCUUCUGCAAGGAUGCGAUAGGAGCGAUGGACGUUGUGGCGGAGAGAGGCAGCGGCUGCCGUCCGCGAUGCUGCAGAGAGGCCGGCUCCUCCCUCCUCUUGCAGACAGACAGCAAGCAGGCGUCACGUGGGUCUCCGCCAGCCGGCCCUCCCUCCCUUCGGCUCUCCUCCCUGACUCGGGGAGAUAGAUAGAAGCCAGAGCUUGACGCUGCUGAAAAGGCAAGGGACGGCGCUGGGGUUUUUUUUUUCCGCUCCCCCCCUUGCCCCUUCUUCGCCUUCCCACCCCCAUAUCCUGCCUUAUCAUCAUCAUCAUCAUCAUCAUUUUAGAAAAAGAACCUAAAGGAAAUUUUCUUUGAGCAACACACGCCUCAAGAUCCGUCUGUAGGAGCAGAGAGGAAAAUCCGUGCAGAUUUUUUUUUUUUAAAGAGCACAGUGCAAAAUCCUCCAAAAAAAUCAAACACCAGGAUCUUCUUAGUUUUGGCUUUGCACAAAGGAAAACAAUAUAGGAGCUGUGAAGCUUUGCAUUUUAAGCAGCUUUUGAGUUUCAUGACAGCUACUGGAUUUCAGCCCUAUUGGGAAUUUCCUGAUCUACUACAUGGCAGGCAGACCAUGAUCUGACGAGAGGAGCAGUCUUGAGAAGAUCGGAUUGGAUUCGGGCAAUUGCUUACAGUGAAAGGUGAGGGAAAAUCCUGGGAAAAUACAGCUGAUGGGUAAGAUGACUUCUACAUGCACUUGGAUACUGUUUCCUCCAUGUAUGCUGGGAUAUUGAUUAAAUCUUGCUGGGUUUGUGGAUCUUUGGAGAAGGUUUUCUGGGUGACUUGUUGGCCUUCCCACUCCAUCUACUUUCCAACUCCGCAACAUGGGCUUUUGAUUCUAAAAUUUCUGCUCACUCAUCCUUACGACAUCUUGCCAAGCUAAGCAGAUGACUGAAUAACAUCUACCAGUGCCUUUUGUUUUAUAAAGACAUUUUUACAGCUGUCAAGGUUUCACGUUUGCUGGUGCUUGAAAUAUUUUCUUUCUUCCUUCCCCCAUUUUUUUGAGGGAAGAAGGGAUUUACAUCUUGGGUGCACCCCACCUCAGCCUCUCCUGCUGGGGGAGGCAGCUGCCAUUACUCCCUCACAGUCCACUAGGGAAGCAAGAGUUCACUUAUCUAGUGUGAGCGGUUACUGGAAAGAUUUUACCCUGUCUGCUUCAAACCCCCCAUCACCACUCCCCCCUCCUCUCCCCCCUCUCCCCCACCCCACCCCACGAAGAAUGGGGCCUGUGCUCCUCAGGCGUGGAGGGUGCCUCCUGCUGUGGAUGGCACUUCUUCUGGGAUGCUGGGCUGAGCUUGGUAGCGGCCUAGAGUUCCCAGGAGCAGAGGGGCAGUGGACUCGCUUCCCUAAAUGGAAUGCCUGCUGUGAGAGUGAGAUGAGCUUCAACAUGAAGACCCGCAGUUCUAGUGGCCUGGUCCUUUACUUUGAUGAUGAGGGCUUCUGUGACUUCUUGGAGUUAAUUCUGACCCAAGGCGGGAGGCUCCAGCUCAGCUUCUCCAUCUUUUGCGCUGAACCCGCCAUCUUGCUCUCUGACAUGGCCGUCAAUGACAAUCUGUGGCACACAGUGAUCAUCCGUCGCAAUUUUAAGAACACGACGCUACUUAUUGACCAGACAGAGACUAAGUGGGUGGAAGUGAAAUCCAAGCGGCGGGACAUGACAGUCUUUAGUGGCCUGUUUCUUGGAGGGUUGCCUCCAGAGCUACGUUCAGCUACUCUGAAAGUCACAUUCUCCUCGGUGAAGGAUCGGGAGCCCUUCAAAGGAUGGAUAACAGAUGUAAGGGUCAACUAUACACAGUCCUCGCCUGUGGAGAGUCAAGAAGUGCGGCUGGAUGAUGAACAGAGUCACCUGUGCGCCAGGGAUGACAUUUGCCUCAAUGGUGGCAUCUGCUCAGUGCUCAAUGACCAGGCUGUGUGUGACUGUUCCCAAACUGGCUUCCAUGGGAAGGACUGCAGUGAAGAAGACAACCAUGUGGAAGGUCUGGCGCACUUGAUGAUGGGCGACCAAGAAAUUGCUGCUUUUUUUGCAAAGGCUGAAUCCCGAUCCUAUCCAGGAAAAGAAGAAUAUAUUGCAACAUUCAAAGGAUCAGAGUAUUUCUGCUAUGACUUGUCCCAGAACCCUAUCCAGAGCAGCAGUGAUGAAAUAACUCUGUCCUUUAAAACUCUUCAGAGGAAUGGACUGAUGCUUCACACUGGAAAAUCAGCUGAUUAUGUCAACCUUGCCCUGAAAAACGGAGCUGUCUCCUUGGUUAUUAAUUUGGGCUCAGGGGCCUUUGAAGCGCUAGUGGAACCUGUGAAUGGGAAAUUUAAUGACAAUGCCUGGCAUGAUGUCAAAGUAACCAGGAAUCUGCGUCAGCACUCAGGCAUUGGACACGCUAUGGUAAACAAACUACAUUGUUCGGUGACAAUAUCUGUGGACGGAAUUCUGACCACGACGGGCUACACACAAGAAGACUACACCAUGUUGGGCUCUGACGACUUUUUCUAUGUUGGAGGCAGCCCUAGCACAGCAGACUUGCCUGGGUCCCCAGUCAGUAACAACUUUAUGGGCUGUCUCAAAGAGGUUGUAUAUAAAAACAAUGAUGUAAGGCUGGAAUUAUCUCGACUUGCCAAACAAGGUGAUCCUAAAAUGAAGAUCCAUGGCAUGGUAGCAUUUAAAUGUGAAAACGUGGCAACCUUGGAUCCAAUCACUUUUGAAACACCAGAAUCUUUUAUCUCUUUGCCAAAGUGGAAUGCCAAGAAAACAGGCUCCAUAUCAUUUGAUUUCCGUACUACUGAGCCAAAUGGGCUGAUACUUUUUAGCCAUGGCAAACCACGACAUCAGAAAGAUGCUAAACACCCACAAAUGGUCAAAGUUGACUUCUUUGCUAUUGAGAUGCUGGACGGCCAUCUCUACCUGCUGCUGGAUAUGGGUUCUGGUACGAUUAAAAUAAAAGCUUUACAAAAGAAAGUGAAUGAUGGUGAAUGGUACCAUGUCGACUUUCAAAGAGACGGACGAUCUGGUACUAUUUCUGUCAACACUAUGCGAACACCAUAUACAGCACCUGGAGAGAGUGAGAUCUUGGACCUUGAUGAUGACUUGUACCUUGGAGGGUUGCCAGAAAAUAAAGCCGGCUUGGUCUUUCCAACAGAGGUGUGGACAGCACUUCUCAAUUACGGUUACGUGGGCUGUAUUCGGGACCUGUUUAUUGAUGGCCAAAGCAAAGACAUUCGCCAAAUGGCAGAGAUCCAAAGCACCUCUGGGGUGAAACCCUCGUGUUCAAGGGAAACAGCAAAACCAUGCUUGAGCAAUCCAUGUAAAAACAGUGGUGCGUGCAGGGACGGCUGGAACAGAUAUGUCUGUGAUUGUUCUGGCACAGGCUACCUUGGAAGAUCAUGUGAGAGAGAGGCAACAGUUUUAAGCUACGAUGGAAGCAUGUUUAUGAAAAUACAACUCCCUUUGGUGAUGCACACAGAGGCAGAAGAUGUGUCCCUGCGGUUCAGGUCUCAGCGAGCUUAUGGCAUUUUAAUGGCCACUACUUCGAGGGAAUCUGCCGACACGCUGCGCUUAGAACUGGAUGCAGGACGAGUUAAGCUAACCGUCAAUCUAGACUGUAUCAGGAUUAACUGUAAUUCCAGCAAAGGUCCAGAAACCCUUUUUGCUGGCUAUAACCUCAAUGACAAUGAAUGGCACACAGUACGUGUGGUUCGAAGAGGGAAAAGUUUAAAGUUAAUGGUGGAUGAUCAACAAGCCAUGACAGGUCAAAUGGCCGGAGAUCACACAAGACUGGAAUUCCAUAACAUAGAGACUGGGAUCAUAACAGAACGCCGUUACUUGUCCUCAGUCCCUUCCAACUUCAUUGGCCACCUGCAAAGCCUCACUUUUAAUGGCAUGGCAUACAUUGACUUGUGUAAAAAUGGGGACAUUGAUUACUGCGAACUCAAUGCCCGGUUUGGCUUCAGGAACAUCAUUGCCGAUCCAGUCACCUUUAAGACAAAAGCCAGCUAUGUUGCCCUUGCCACGUUACAAGCGUAUACCUCUAUGCACCUGUUUUUCCAGUUCAAAACGACAUCUUUGGAUGGGUUAAUACUCUACAACAGCGGGGAUGGGAAUGACUUUAUCGUGGUUGAAUUAGUAAAAGGGUAUUUACACUAUGUGUUUGACCUGGGAAAUGGUGCAAAUCUUAUCAAGGGAAGUUCCAAUAAACCUCUGAAUGACAACCAGUGGCACAAUGUGAUGAUAUCGCGGGACACCAGUAACCUCCAUAUAGUGAAGAUUGAUACAAAAAUCACAACGCAGAGCACGGCAGGGGCAAGAAACCUAGAUCUCAAAAGUGACUUGUACAUUGGAGGGGUAGCGAAAGAAACCUACAAAUCCUUGCCCAAAUUGGUCCAUGCAAAAGAAGGAUUUCAAGGCUGCCUUGCCUCUGUGGAUCUGAAUGGGCGCCUCCCGGAUUUGAUCUCAGAUGCUCUGUUUUGCAACGGACAGAUCGAACGAGGAUGCGAAGGCCCCAGCACAACUUGCCAAGAGGACUCAUGUGCAAACCAGGGAGUCUGCUUGCAGCAAUGGGAUGGAUUCAGCUGUGACUGUAGCAUGACCUCUUUCAGUGGAACAUUGUGCAAUGACCCGGGAACAACAUACAUAUUUAGCAAAGGUGGUGGACAGAUCACAUAUACAUGGCCUCCCAAUGAUCGGCCCAGCACUCGAGCAGAUAGACUGGCGAUAGGGUUUAGCACAGUUCAGAAAGAAGCCGUCUUGGUGCGAGUAGAUAGCUCUUCUGGGCUCGGCGAUUAUUUAGAGCUGCACAUCCACCAAGGAAAAAUUGGAGUUAAAUUUAAUGUCGGAACAGAUGAUAUCGCAAUUGAAGAAGUCAACGCAAUCAUUAAUGAUGGGAAAUACCACGUAGUACGUUUUACAAGAAGUGGUGGUAAUGCCACAUUACAGGUGGACAACUGGCCGGUCAUAGAACGCUACCCAGCAGGAAACAAUGAUAACGAGCGCCUGGCGAUUGCUAGACAGCGAAUUCCAUAUCGGCUUGGUCGAGUAGUUGAUGAAUGGCUACUCGACAAAGGGCGUCAGCUCACAAUCUUCAAUAGCCAAGCGACGAUAAAAAUUGGAGGCAAAGAGCGGGGCCAUCCAUUUCAGGGGCAGCUUUCUGGACUCUACUACAAUGGCUUAAAAGUCCUGAACAUGGCCGCCGAGAAUGAUGCCAACAUAGUGAUAGAAGGGAACGUAAGACUCGUUGGUGAAGUGCCUUCCUCUAUGACAACUGAGUCAACUGCCACUGCAAUGCAGUCUGAGAUGUCCACGUCGGUCAUGGAAACCACUACCACUCUCGCCACAAGCACAGCUAGAAGAGGGAAACUGCCAACAAAAGAGCCCAUUGGUCAGACCACAGAUGACAUCCUGGUGGCCUCAGCUGAAUGCCCCAGUGACGAUGAGGACAUUGAUCCCUGUGAGCCGAGCUCAGGUGGGUUAGCAAGUCCUACCAAGCCUGGACGAGGAGGGUACCCAAGUUCAGACGAGGUGGUUCGGGAAUCCAGCAGCACAACCGGCAUGGUAGUUGGGAUUGUGGCGGCAGCUGCUCUGUGCAUCCUUAUCCUCCUCUAUGCCAUGUACAAGUACAGGAACCGGGAUGAAGGGUCCUACCAUGUCGACGAGAGUCGAAACUACAUCAGUAACUCAGCACAGUCCAACGGGGCUGUGAUUAAGGAAAAGCAACCCAACAGCUCUAAAAGCUCCAAAAACAAGAAAAACAAGGAUAAGGAGUACUAUGUCUGAUCCCGACAGCUGAAAAGAAAAAAAGAACAAUUGUAUAGAAAUAGUCUUCAUUUUAUCUGAGACAUAAAACAAAACUUAUUUACUUUACUUUUUAUGAAGCACAUACAAAGUUUAAAAAAAUGGGGAAAAGAACACAGGGAAUGCAAUCAGAAAGGAAAGACUUUAAAAAAAAAGGAAGGGAAGGGAAAAAAUGAAAUAAGCGUUUCAUACUCUUGUUUCACUGAACAGGAGUCAAUAAACCCCCUUACAUUCACAGUGUUUUCAUUUACUCUGCUGUCUUUCUGUUGCUGGAAUGUUUCUGAAGACGAUGUUGGUACCACCGCACACUCAUGAGGCAAGGAGUAUUACUACAAAAACAUCACCCAGCGCACCACAAAAUGUAAUGAACUGAAACAAAAAGAAAUCUCUCUCUCUCUCUCUCUCUCUCUCUCUCUCACACACACACACACACACACACACACACACACACACACACACAGAAGCUACCUAUGAGUCUGGAUUUAGCGUAAGUACAAGCGCUUUCCUGAGGAGUAAGUUAGUCUUAUUACCUGAGAAGACUUUGCGGUUCUACACAAGAGUUCGACAAGCAAACCUUGAAACUCAGUUUGCCACCCAGUGCAACAAAGGAAUGAUUGGAGCUUGGGUUUGAAGUGAAGUGCUGGCUUUUUGGAAUAAACCACAUUUUAAAGAAGAAAACACUUUUAAAAAAGCCCCUUUCUGGUUGUGAGGAAAACAGUAUAGCGGCCUUAUUUUCAAAACAAACAAACAAACAAUAAACAAGCAAAAUAAGUGAAAUAUAAGGCUUAUUUUCACACACUACGAGCAAACAAACCUGAGGGCACAGAUUCAGUCAUUGGGAAAAAAAUUCAUGCACGCUUAAUAUGUUAUUACAUAUGUUUAUAUUAAAAAAACACAUCUAUAUGUGCUUUCUGGACUGUGAUAAGUGAUGUUUUCUAGCCUGUUGUAUAGAAAAUGCAAACUAUAUCCGCUCUUCAACCAUUUUUGGUAAACUCAAUGUUCUAAGUGUUGCUAGGUAUAGAACGUUUUAUGACAUCGGGAGCAACCAACAUUUCUGUUUACUUUUGCAGCCAUGAGAAACAACCACAAUUUUUCUUACCCCUCCUGAUUUUCUUUCUUUCUUUCUUUCUUUCUUUCUUUCUUUCUUUCUUUCUUUCUUUCUUUCUUUCUUUCUUUCUUUCUUUCUUUCUUUCUUUCAGUUUUCAUUUACAGUGUAGUAAAUAUACUAAGAGGGAAAGUGUAUGAAUGUAUAUAAGAGUCAGCUAAUUUUCUUCUUAAACUGUACAGCCUCUCUCUUUCUGUUGAAGUUCAGUUUUAGUAGUUUGUAUGAAAGAAGUGGACUUAGAAAGCAAAUAUAUAUAGAUAUGAACAUUUUCUUCAUUGCCUAUCCACUCCCACGAUACAUCAGCAAAACCAAUCAAAAUCACAUGAUUCUGCCCCGCCCCAAAUAAGCUGUACGCAAAUGUGGUAAUUUUAGUGACUUUUGCACUCCAGUUCACAUCAGAUCAUUGGCCAAUAUGUUUGUCUGCUUCCCACAGGAAGUGAGGGAAAGGUUGAAUUCCAUAUUAUAGUUUGCCCUGAUCUUUACAUUUAUAUAGCAUUUGCCUGGGUUAUGGAAUAGAACCAGUACAGAGUUGGAUGGUCAGAGAAUUCAGAAGUCUGUCUUUAAAUUACUCCGGCUCCUAGCACUGAGGCCUUCCUCCGUUAUGGAAAAUGUUAAAUAUUAAAUGCAAAACAAGAUUCCAAGUUGCAUAUAUUUUGUUAAAUGAGGAAGUAUUCUUUACUAUUUUUAUUUUUAAUGAAACCUUUAUUCCAUCGUUUGAGCUUAAAUGAAUUUUUCUCUUCUAAUAAGCUCAGUUGGUUCAGUGGUUUGGUAAGAAACAUACUGUAAAGUUCUCUGCAAACAUGCAAUGCAUUUUGGUUAAAGGAAUGCUUAUGUUAUAGAUCUGCAAUUUUUUGUUUCAUUUCAUUAAAAAGACUGCUCCAUUGGGUCCCCAACAAUAAGUCAUUGUGUAACAUCUCACUUAGCAAGAGCGCUUACAAGAGGAAUACAUUAGGCUGAAAGACGUUAGCUCAGUUGAGAAUCAGCUGUGUCUUGGAAGGCCUCCUGUGAUGAGUACAAUUGCUCACACUUUACAGACAAGAAGAAGGAAUUUAAAAUUAGCUUUAAACAGCAAGGCACCUUAUCUUCUUGUAUGCUGUUCACUGCCACUGGAGCAAAACACUGAGAAUUGGUGCCUCUUUCAGUCUUCAACACAAUACUUUAGAAACACCUGUAAAAAAUGGCUUGGUAUUGCCACUCUUGGAAGUUGCCAAAUUAUUUAAUCAUGCUAGAUGUGUCAAGAACUUUGUUUUAUUUUAUUUUUGGUGAUGCUUGGGAAUAUGUGAAGGCUACACAUAGCAUUCAGGCUAACAUCAAAAUAUCAAAAUAGUCCAAUCAUCCCUCAUGAACCACCGUUGUAAAUUACCUUUGCUGAGGGCAGGACAAUGGAGGAUAGCCACAGACAGUUAGGGGAAUGGGGUGUUGGCAUCCAAAGGAAAACAGGCACGCACACAAAAGAAGCAUUUCCAUGACAAUAAGGCCACUUGUAAGGGGAGAGAGAUUCUAAGCGAACUUUUCAGCCCGUGCUGCCACAUUCCAAGCUGAUGGCAAGGUACUUGUGUGACUUCAUGUACUGACUCUGUUAACUCACCUAACUUGACCAGGUUGUUCCUCCCCACCUCCUGCAAGCAAUUAACACUGUUACUAUAAGUAAGAAGUGAUAGGGGAUUGCUAUUGCUAGCAAAAGUGGUUCAGAGCUGUUUUCUGGGGAGCUACUCCUGUCCUUCCUUGUUGAUUUUGUGAUUUUUUUUUUAUAACGAAGAAAAGAAGUAUUUGCAUUUAUCAAAUGUCACAGUAGCUAUAUUAAAACAAUUUUCUCUUUUCAAAAUGCAUAACAAACACAUUAAUCCCAUCUCUAUAAUAGUCUAAUUUGUUUGACUGAGGCUACAAUCUUAUGCACACUGAAUGGGGAGCAGGUCCCACUGAAGUCAAUGGGCUUUCUUCUGAGCAAAGAUGCCUAGGGUUGUGCUGCGAUGAGAUGGCUUCGGGUUUGUUUUUGUAAUUAAUGUAUUGUGUUGCCUUUUUUUAACAAUACACUAAAAUAAUGUGUGAAAUUAUUCAUUCCCAAGAUAUCAAAAAGAAGUCAGAAGCCCUUAACCUUAUAGUGCUUUCUGUGAUAGAUAUUUACAAUUUUUUUUAUUUGUUGCAAGGCCAAUUUAUCCAUUACUGGAAAUGCUAAGCAA